AUGGAGGAUGACAAUGAUUCCGAUUCAGGUUCGGAGGCUUUGCACAGUUCUACCAUUUCAAGACCGAGAAGUAUAUUGAGAAUGAUAGAUGAAUCUUUAGAAUUUGAACUUGGGAGUAUGGCUAGAGAUGGGGAUGUUUUCACUUCGGGAAGGUUGGGACCAGGGGAAUCUGGCCGAGCAGGAUCGAAAGGUGAUCAAGAUGAAGAAUUAAAUGAGCUGGCCGCCAAGGUUUUCGAUUUAGAUCCAGACAUGCAUGUUCCUCUAAAAAAGUUUAUUAAUUUAUUUGAGGGGUCGAAUUUCAGUUAUCUUUCUCGGUCAUCUUCGGAUCAUGCUCCUAUGUUGUUUACUUUGUUUAAGAAGAACAUUCCUAUUGUGAAGCCAUUUAGAUUCUUAUGUAUGUGGGGGUCUCAUGAUGGGUUUUUGUCUUUGGUGGAGCAGAGUUGGGGUGAAUAUGUGGAGGGCUGUGCUAUGGUGAGGGUGAGUAGGAAAUUAAAAAGAUUGAAGCAUGUCCUGAUAAAAUGGAAUAGGGAAGUCUUUGGUCGAGUUGAGGUGGAGAUUAAUAGACUUGAAAAUCAGAUUCGAUGUCUUGAGGAUGAUCUUGUUAGAAAUUUCUCUUUGCAGGUGGAAGAAGAGAUGCUACAAGCUAAAAAGGCUCAUUUACAAUGGGUGAAUCGGGAGGAGAUGUUAGCUUGCCAAAAAUCUCGCAUUAAGUGGUUGGCUGAGGGGGACUCCAAUUCUAAGUUUUUUCAUACUACGAUGAGGGUAAAGAAAAAAAAUAAAAUAGUUGAUAAAAUGAUGUUGGAGGAUGGAAGGGCACUAGAGUCGGCAAAAGAAGUGCACUUGGAGGCAGUUCAGUUUUAUCAGGGGCUCUUCACAGGAUCUAAUGUCAGUCUGCAGGAACCUGAGUGGGCGUUGUUAUCUUCAGUGGUGACAGAUGCGGAGAAUGAGGUAUUGUGUAGGUUGCCGUCGGAAGAGGAGGUUUAUAGGGCUCUUCGGUCUAUUCCUAUGGAUAGUAGUCCAGGACCGGAUGGUUUUUCAGCUACUUUUUUUUAUUUGGCUUGGGAUAUUGUGAAAGCUGACCUUGUGGAUAUGGCAAAGGAAGUCUUUGAAGGUCAGAGUAUUUUUGAUAAUAUGGCCUUGGCUCAAGAAUUAGUUCAAGGGUUGAGUAGGAAGGUGAGAGGAGGUAAUGUGAUGUUAAAGCUGGAUAUGGCAAAGGCGUAUGAUCGUGUGAAUUGGAAAUUCCUUCUUGAGGCUUCGAGGGGUGUCCGGCAAGGGGACCCUCUCUCACCUUAUUUGUUUAUUUUGUCACAGGAGCUCCUUUCGCGCAUGCUGCAUCGGAAGUUCAGUCUUGGGCUUGUUAAGCCUUAUCAUCCAAGGGAAGGGUGGAAGAGUAAGAUGCUCUCGUUUGGUGGUAAGAUUUUGCUUUUACGACAUGUUUUAAAUAGCAUGCCUAUACAUAUUUUGUCGGUUGUUAAAGUGCCCAAGGCAGUUUUUGGGAUGAUUAACAAGAUUUUUUCAAAUUUUCUUUGGGGGUCUUCGCUGGGGAAUAAGAAACGUAAAUGGGUAGCGUGGCAUCAGAUUUGUAAGCCAAUGGAAGAGGGUGGUAUUGGUAUUAGAGACUUGGUGGAGGUGCAGCAAUCUCUUUUUAUGAAGUUUGGAUGGAAAUUGGUUACGGGGGUGUCGCUAUGGGCAGAUUUUUUUCGGGAAAAAUAUCUUCACCGGGAUCAUGUUUAUAAUGUAAUGACUAAGAAUAAAGGGUCACGGUUUUGGAAGGGGAUUAUGGAGGUGAUGCUUAGAAUUUUUCAAAACUCUCAGUGGUUGAUAGGGGCUGGGAAUAUUAAUUUCUGGAUGGAUAAUUGGCUAGGGGGAGGUCCAUUGAAAGACUUGUGUCUGGUGGUGGGAAGUGAGCACCUGCAGGUUGUUGAAGUUUUUGAUGGGAGGGGGCCUAAGCUGGACGUUUUAAGCCAGCUGGUUCCGUCAGGUAUAUUGCAGCAGAUUGUGGUGGCAAACGUGAGGCUUAGAUCAAGGGCAGAUGCUAUCAUAUGGAAGAAUACGAUGGACGGCAACUUCACAACAAAAUCUGCUUGGGACAUAUGUAGAGAACGGGGGGACUUAUGUGAGUGGAGGAGGUGGCCUUGGCUUGAUAAAAUUCCUAAAAAAAUGUCUUUUCUUUGCUGGAGAGUAAAAAGAGGAGUAGUGCCAACGGAUGAUGUAAUCCAGUGGUUGGGAAUUCCUUUAGCUUCUAAAUGCCAUUGUUGUAUAGACUCAAAGUCUGAAACCUUGCAACAUACUAUGUGUGAGGGUUUAAACGCCCAAUUGGUUUGGAAAUAUUUUGCUGAUAUUUGUCAAAUCAAGUUGCCUCAGAUCAGAAACUGGAAAGGGAUGAUGGGUUUUUGGUGGAGGAGAGCUGCAAAAAUUAAUCAAGCUGGGUGGAUUCGUGGAGUGAUGCCCAUUGUUAUUUCUUGGUGCCUUUGGAAGGCUAGGUGCUCGGCAAGGAUGGAAGGAGCUACAUUUCAGGUAAAGGAUAUUAUUAGACAAGUUAAAAUUGUGAUUUAUAAUAUGUCCCAAAAUUUGAAGAAUUUUCAGGUUAUGAAGCGUAAUGAUUGCUUAGUUAUGGAAGGGUUACAGGUGCCAAUUAUUCCUAUUAAGAAAAAACAAGUGUCCUUUGUUAAAUGGGAGUUGCUGAGGGGGGGUAUGAUGAAAUUGAAUGUUGAUGGUGGGGCUCGUGGGAAUCCAGGUGAUGCAGGGGGUGGGGGUAUUAUUCGAGAUUGUUCUGGGAGUUGUAUUGCUGGCUUUGCGCAUCAUUAUGGGGUUACUAGAAAUACGGUGGCUGAAUGCCGUGCUUUAUUAGAUGGAUUGAGGAUUUGUAAAAAUUGGAGUGAGAUCCCUCCGGAGGUGACAAUUCCAAGUAAUGAGGCUUCACAGUCUAACAUUGAUAUACCUGCAGACAUGCGGCAUACAAGCUGGAAUCGUGUUGAUAUCCAAAACAAGGAAGAGCUAACGGAUCAUGUCCAGUGCUCCGCCAAUAGAGCUCGUACCUCAUCAAAAGUUUCCCCAUUAGGUUGUCUCUCAAUACCAGCAACAACAGUAGAAGUUGGAUUAGCAGACAGAUGCAAAUCCUAUACUGCAGGAGUCUUCGGCAAGGGACCCUUGCACUUGCUGAAUAUGAUCUUGUUAACAGGCCCAAUUUGUAGCGACAUUCGCUCACUUGAAGUCACUAUAACUGCCGAUUGGAGUAGGAUGUUAAAUAUCAGCAGUGCAAAUGGUAGACUACCUCCACUUGAAUAG